GUUGCAGACGUGCUUUUAUCAUGUUGUAUUUAUUAUUAAUCCAGUUAAUAAUACUGCCAGUGUAUGAUGCUCAACAAAACUUUCAAUAUGAUUAUUAUUGGAUACUGUUUAGUUACGAUAUAGAUGGAGUAAAAUACACGAAUGACUCGGAUUACGAACACAAAGAAGGGACGUUCGCCUUUCAGGACGUGGCCUUAGAGGAGCAUGAAAAGUUUCUAAUAAGACAAAACUUGAAUCCCUAUGAUUUUAUUCAUGAUGCUUAUCUAGUAAUAAUAAGCAUCCCUAGAACUCGACCUGGAAUACCAUUUACUCUCAACUAUUUUAGUAGAUUUGAUUAUGGGAAGGAGCCAAUGCUGAAACCAUUUCCUAAUUCAAAGGAUGGUAAAGAAUUGAUAUCGGUUUUUAACAUGUUUGAAGACAGCUGUUUUAGACUUUGGUUUGUUGAUACAGGAUACCUCGAUAUCCCAGGUGUGCGAAAGCAAGUAAAACCAGCAUCAUUGCUACUUUACAGUAAUCUUCCAAAACCAGAAUUUCAGUUCAGGAAAGAUAUUGACAGUGCUUUUCUCCAUAAUGGUAUCACUAGUGGACUCCGAUCUCUAUCGGUUGAUUUUAUAUUACCGUGCUCCGAGUCUUACGUAUACAUUACUGACGACACUACCCGCGACCUCAUCGUCUUCUCGCUUCAGGACUUGCGUUUUACGAAAAUCAGCCGCGCAAGUAAUACGGCUGAUUCUUGGAAAUUUAUUGUGCCACAGUUUGAAACACAAUACAGGUUAGAAGUUGAAAAAUAUAGAAAAAGGCCAAAUGAAACAUACGAACAUUAUGUAGAUUUUUUAACUUCUACAAAUCAACUGUAUGAGCCAAGAAGUGAUUCAAGACCUCGUGUAAGUUCUUAACUGAUAACCGAGAGAUUUUUUGAGAUAAAGAUGUAAAACCUCUUUAUUAUUUCGCAAAUUCUGGUUGGUUAAAUUAUCUAAACUCGAUCGAAUCAAGUUUUAAUUAUUAUUCUAAAUUAAAAUAUAGUGUGAUAGUACAA